UGAUGAAUUAUUAAGUCGCACCAGCCUUAAGACAAGGUUUUGAUGGCUCAUCACACAGCACUACGGGUUUUCUUCCUUUUUACAGUUUGUUUGGGUCUACUGUUGGUAUAAGCCCGCUUGAUGGCUAACCUCAAGGGAAGUCUUACGCGGGCAUUUCUCCUUAUUACGUCAACAAGGAUUCUUUACGUCAUGAGCGCUCUCCCCCCGGAUUUGUACAUGGGAUGUUAUAAGGACACCAUUCCACGUGACCUCGUCUACGGUAUUCGAAUCUCAGGACAAACACCGCUCAAAUGUCUCGCAAAGUGUCUUCAGCUUGGAUACAUGUUCUUCGGUCUGCAGGACACCACCGAGUGUCGAUGCGACAACGACUACGGAGGUGUAUAUGGGUUGGCAGACAGCAGUUGUAGCUACGGAUGUCAGGGGAACAGCAACCUCAAGUGCGGUGGAAGUAUGAUCAACUCCGUCUACAGAGUAGAAACCAUGAUUUCUCAAUACCUGGGCUGUUACAAAGAGGGCACGCCACGUGACCUAUGGGGCGACCAAUCACUGCUCGAUGGAACACUGUCUGCCUCGGAGGUGUGUGUUGAGAGAUGCAAGAAAAAAGGAUUCCACUUCGCAGGUGUUAAAAACUACGCCGUUUGCAGCUGUGGAGUUAGCUUUGGGCGGUACGGGAAAGCGAACCCGAAAGACUGCAACCCGAAGUGCAGUAGCGGAGAACAUUGCAGCGCGAUCGAUGCUAACAGUAUCUACAGAACAGCUGAGGCCAACCUUUACAUCGGCUGCUACAUUGAUAAUUCGGACCGUGACUUGUCAACUUUUGUUGGUCAUUUCAAGGACAACACACCAAUCACAUGCUGUGCCAGGUGCCGAGUCAGAGGAUAUAGGUACUGUGGUGUUCAAGAUGGUAACAACUGCUUUUGUGGGAAUGGUUAUGGAAAACACGGAGAAGGAGCUAAUUGCAUCCUGUCUUGUACGGGAGAUUCAUCUAUUAAGUGUGGAGGUGUCUGGAGGAACUCCAUCUACGCUGUAGAAGCUGCGACCGAACCACCACCUCAACCAGGACAUGAGUACGUUUACACUAGCCUACAAGGCAUUGCGCCCCUCACCAGAGACCACGUGAUCUACACCGAGAAGUCUGUCCGUGACGUGUACACCUGCUCCCACUACUGCGAACUCGUGCCUGCCUGUCAAUCAAUUAAUUACGACCCCGUUACCAUGGUGUGCGAAAUGAACAACGUGACGUCAUCUGUGGUCGGUCCAACAGCGAGGGGAGAUUCCAGUUACUGGGCGCCUGUUAAAUACUUUGUAAUGGAAUCACCGUGAAGAUUCGAUUUUAUUUUGCUCAUGGGGAGUGAAUAUUUGAAAAACGCUCUUUUUUAAGGAGGCCUUUUAUUAAUUUCACAGAAAGAAACUAAACUGUGUAAGUAGUUUUUCAAAUGGCGAGUAUCAAGAUGUCCGAAUUUUUACAGCUCUUAUUUGCAACAAUCUUCUUGAUUGGAAUGAUGUAUGUACGGGACCCUGAAGAUCCCAAAUAGCCCCAUACUUGGAUCGCGGGACCCGAAACGAUCACCAUUACUAAAUCAAAGUCAAUCCAUCUACAUUCCCUUUGUCCAUUACUCAAUUUUAAAGGGUUUAUUUCGGUCGAUUCGGGGCCCGGGAUCAGUUGGGGAGGGGAAAUCUUAUAGAUCGUUUCCUAGGAUAAUUUCGGUUAUAGACUGCUUGUAGGUGGCCUUACACCGUUGUCGACAGAUAAUGUUUAACUAUUUCAGGGCUUAGUAGAAUUUAGCGCGAAAAUUUUUUUGUGUAAUGUGAAAUAUCGUUAACACAUUGACCCCUCGACCGGCCUGUACCGGCUUUGAGAAGUACCCACAACCCAAAAAAUUCAUAAGUGCAAAAUAAACACAACAAGAUGAA